GAUAGUUUGUUAGCUCAGUAUGGAACAGUGGAGAACUGUGAGCAAGUGAACACUGACACGGAGACUGCAGUUGUAAAUGUAACAUAUGGCAAUAAGGACCAGGCUAGACAAGCAAUAGAGAAACUGAAUGGGUUUCAGCUUGAAAACUAUUCCUUGAAAGUUGCAUACAUCCCUGAUGAAAUGGCAGCCCAGCAACCUCCGCAACAACAUCCCCAGGGAAGACGUGGAUUUGGACAGAGAGGUCCUCCAAGGCAAGGGUCACCCGGUGCAACAACAAGGCAGAAACCACAGUCGGACGUUCCUCUACGGAUGCUGGUUCCCACGCAGUUCGUAGGAGCCAUUAUUGGGAAAGAAGGAGCAACAAUCAGAAACAUUACAAAGCAGACACAGUCCAAAAUUGAUAUUCAUCGUAAAGAGAACGCAGGUGCUGCUGAGAAACCAAUUACUAUCCACUCAACUCCUGAAGGCUGCUCAACGGCUUGUAAAAUUAUUAUGGAGAUCAUGCAAAAGGAAGCUCAAGAUACUAAAUUUACAGAAGAAAUUCCCUUGAAGAUCCUGGCACAUAACAACUUUGUUGGCCGACUUAUUGGCAAAGAAGGAAGAAACCUGAAGAAAAUUGAACAGGACACAGAUACUAAAAUCACAAUAUCUCCAUUGCAGGAUUUAACACUCUAUAAUCCCGAAAGAACCAUUACAGUUAAAGGCAGUAUUGAAACUUGUGCCAAGGCUGAGGAAGAGAUUAUGAAGAAAAUCAGGGAGUCCUAUGAAAAUGAUAUUGCUGCUAUGAAUCUUCAAGCACAUUUAAUUCCUGGAUUAAAUCUGAAUGCCUUGGGUCUGUUCCCACCUUCUUCUUCAGGAAUACCACCUCCCGCAGUGAGUGUUGCCUCUGCUGCUGCUGCUGCUUCAUAUCCACCAUUUGGGCAACAGCCCGAGUCUGAGACUGUUCAUCUGUUCAUCCCAGCCUUGGCAGUUGGAGCUAUUAUUGGCAAGCAGGGACAGCACAUCAAACAACUUUCUCGUUUUGCAGGCGCAUCUAUUAAGAUUGCCCCUGCUGAAGGACCAGAUGCCAAGCUGAGAAUGGUUAUCAUCACUGGACCUCCAGAAGCUCAGUUCAAGGCUCAAGGGAGAAUCUAUGGAAAACUUAAAGAAGAAAAUUUCUUUGGCCCUAAAGAAGAAGUGAAACUUGAGGCUCACAUAAAAGUGCCAUCCUAUGCUGCUGGUAGAGUUAUUGGUAAAGGAGGCAAAACAGUAAAUGAGCUUCAGAACUUGACAAGUGCAGAAGUUGUAGUCCCUCGUGACCAGACACCUGAUGAAAAUGAUCAGGUGGUUGUGAAAAUAACAGGUCACUUCUAUGCAUGCCAGCUUGCUCAGAGAAAAAUUCAGGAAAUACUGGCUCAGGUAAGAAGGCAGCAGCAACAGCAAAAAACAUUGCAAAGCGGACAGCCUCAGCCAAGACGAAAAUAAAGGUUUAGGAAAUGGCCCAUCGGAGACAGAUGCCAGACCAAAGACAGACUGUGCGACAGAGAGACGGGUGGUGAGCACCUGUUGAAGUUAUAUGCAGAAGAUCCAUCAAGCCAAUCACCUGUUCGAGGACCAGGCAACCGUUGAACGCUGUCUCUGAGAAUGUAUUCUUUAGGCUCUCUCAAACUUUUGAAACCCAGCUUUAAAAUAAGGACCCCUUCACUUCCCUUUUGUUCUAUUCUCACAAUUUAACAUAAACUCGUUAGUCUUUUUUAUUGUUCUUAUUAUUCCCCAACAAUUUUAGAACUUGGUUUAAUGAAGCUUUCUCUUCUGAGUUCACUGGUUUAAAAAAAAAAAGAAAAGAAAAAAGAAAAAAAACAACAAAAAAAA